CAUGCCUUUUAAUACUACCUCGAGGACUGGUACAUGGUGUGGAGGUCUGGUUAGGGGAUUUUGUCAGAAAACCCGUGAACCCCAACAAAUCUCCUAAAAAGGACCGUUUUGCCUCAUCCAAGUCAUCGGGGUGAGCAUGACGCACGCCGGGACUGUACGCGCAUCCCUGCUGGGGAUUUUACUGCAGUUAGUCCUCAUCACCUCUGCACAGAGGGGGCCAGCUGGACCGAGAGGGCCACCUGGACCUCCAGGGGUUUCUGGGUUUCCUGGCGUUGACGGCAUUGAUGGCGAGAGAGGACCUGGUCCUGGCCCAAACGGUCCCCCUGGCCUUGAUGGGGACAAUGGCAAAGACGGAUUAAAUGGCCUUCCAGGAAAACCAGGAGCAGACGGUUUGACCGGUCCACGUGGUGAAGCUGGUCCUCUGGGUCCUCCUGGACAAAAAGGUGAACCUGGUGAACCUGGGCCAAGAGGACCUCCUGGUGCUGGAGAGGACGGUGAGGCCGGUGCUGAUGGAGAGGAUGGAUUACCUGGAGAACUUGGAAAAGUUGGUCCACCUGGAAGUCGUGGACCAAGAGGUGCUAUUGGCACACAGGGACUGCCUGGGCCCAGAGGUCCUCCUGGAGUCUGGGAUGGUAAAGAGCUGUGUCCAAAUGCCUGUACUUCUGGUUUGACUGGUUACACCGGUCUUCCGGGCAUGAAGGGCCACAAAGGUGUCAAAGGUGAAUCAGGUGAACCAGGUCGGCAAGGUCAUAAGGGAGAAGAAGGAGAUCAAGCACUGCCUGGAGAGCAAGGCUCACAAGGACUACCUGGUUCGCCAGGUCUGAUAGGAAUCACAGGAAUGAUGGGCCCUAAAGGUGAUAGGGGUCUUCGUGGAAAUGGUGGCGAUUUGGGUCCUCAGGGUGUCCAGGGUGCCCCUGGUGAUCGUGGACAAAGAGGAAAAUCAGGUGAGACUGGACCAAAAGGAGGUCAGGGACCACAGGGGAUACUGGGUCUUAGUGGUUUACCAGGACCAAAAGGUGAAACUGGUUUGCCUGGCGUGGAUGGUCGUGAUGGUAUUCCUGGACUGCCUGGAGUAAAGGGUCCUCCCGGGAAAGUUGGCUCACCUGGUGAGGCUGGACUUCAGGGAUUCCCAGGUUUACCCGGUAUUCCAGGAGCAAAAGGCCAUAUGGGUGAAAAAGGAAACACAGGUGAUCCAGGUGUGACAGGUCUGAUUGGAAACAAUGGAAAAACUGGUGAACGUGGUGAGCAGGGAGAGGUUGGACCUGUUGGAGCAAGAGGUGGGCCAGGUGAGCGAGGAAAAAAAGGUCCUGAUGGGCCUGCAGGCUUGCCAGGUGCGAGGGGAGGUAAAGGAGAUCCAGGCCUUCCUGGUCUUCCUGGGCCUGCUGGUCUACUCGGGCAAAAAGGAGAUAGGGGUAAUGUUGGUCUCACUGGUCCAAAAGGCGAGCAAGGGCCACCUGGUGAAGAGGGUACACCAGGAGAGAAGGGAGAUUUGGGUGAUGAAGGAGAGCCAGGAGAGAAAGGAUUGAUAGGAAAGCCAGGUGAAACAGGAAAUAAAGGACCAGAGGGUGCACGUGGCCAGCCUGGAUCCAUGGGCCUACCUGGAGGGCCUGGACCAAGAGGCAUGCAGGGAGAUCGAGGUGUACAUGGAUUGCCUGGGGCACAGGGACGAUCAGGACGAGGACCUACAGAUGAGCAAAUAAAGCACGUCUGCAUGAGGGUUAUGCAAACUCAGCUUGCUCAGAUGGCGGCCAGUUUGACAAGGCCUGAGUCAGGCAUCGCUGGGUUACCAGGUCCUCCCGGUCCCCCUGGACCUCCAGGGCCUGCUGGAAACAAUGGUUUUCCGGGGCAUCCCGGGGGCAGAGGUCUGCCAGGUCUCAAAGGGCCACUGGGUCCUCUGGGGAGAAAAGGGCCUAAAGGUGAUCAAGGUGACAGGGGAGAUAGGGGACCCACAGUUCAGGGUGCCAAGGGUAUACCCGGAUCACCAGGACUUCCAGGUGAACCGGGUAAGCAAGCAUACGGCAGUAAUGGGCGGGAUGGCCUAAGAGGACCAGUAGGUCCUCAUGGGAUGCCAGGCGUGCCCGGACCACCUGGUACUCCUGGUGUGAAUGGAUACUGCGAGUCAUCUCAGUGUGUCCUUCAAGCUGUUGCAGGCCCACCAUCCAAGGAGUCCAGCAUGAAGGGACCAGACAGUCUGAGUGGACAACCAUCAGAGAGCUGAACAUCAGAGCCCAGCACUGCUGGACAGGGAAACUUGAGAGACUCAAGGAGUGACUCCCUCUACGAGGAGAUUUCUGUGUUGAUGGUAUAUCAAACACUAGAGUGAAUGGAGGAAUCAAUUCCCAGUCAUUCAUCCCAGUUUAACAAAAAAGCUUUUGGGAAAGUUUUGUAUAGUUCUAAUAUUCCUAUUAUAACUAAAAAAUAAGCCUCAAGUGUUCAAUUAUCAGUGCAAUCGUAGUUUGCAAAGAAUACAUGCUCAGGUCUGGUUUUAUUGAAUAGACAUCUUACUGAAUGGUGUGUAUGAUUUACUCAUGUGAAGUUAAUGAAUAUACAUACAGUACUGUCACGACUUGGUUGCUUUACACAUUAAAGACUGUAAUAAUGGUGAAGCUACCUUAACAGAACUUUGUAAAUUUGUCAAUAUUGAACUCUGUUAAAAAUCAUUUCCAGACGUUGUGUUAUCAGUUUUUUUACUCUCAAACACUUUUAAAAACUUGCUGUUCAUUGAAUUGGCGGGUGAGAAACACGUUUAGAAAAAAAAAAACAUGUAGAUGUUUUCUAUAUGUAGUA